ACCCCUAGACUUUCUCGCAUUAACCUUGAGUGUGCACCUUUUUGUUUACUCUCUCUGAGUUUGUCUUUGUUACUCGCUUUAAAAUUUCAGUGAAAUUAUUGUGGAUAUUUAUUAAUUGAUAUAGAUUGAUGUAAUUCAAGCAGGAGAACCUUUCAUUGAAAACAGAUUCUUGACAUACGAGAAUAUUUUAAACUGAGAAAAUGAAGAUAAAAGUAGAGCCAGAAAAUGAAUGUUCAGAAUUUAUAUUUAACCGAGGUGAUGAAAAGUUUCUUUUAAAGAAUUACAAGAAAGAAUUUAAUACGGAUACCAAAACAUUUUGUAGAAGAAUUAAAUCAGAACCUUUAGAACAUAAAAAUAUACAGGUAAAUACUUAUGAAAAUUUAAUUUUAACAAAUAACACAAGCGAUUCUAAUAUUUGGAGUAAUUCUUAUUGUAAUAGCGAAAUAGAUUGUAAGAAUAAAGAAAUAAAAAAGGAGAAAUGUGACACUAAAAAUGACAUAAAAUCAGAAUGCAAAGUCGUUUUGAAAAGAUUGAAUNCAAAAUAUUAUGUAUGA